AUGAUUUUACAAAAGCCACAUGGUGCCCAUAUCUUAUGGGUUGGGCUGCUCAUUUGUUGCUAUGUAGAAAUAGGCACUUGUCUAGAAUUUACAGGUGCUGAGGGGCAGUGGGCAAGAUUUCCAGUGUGGAAUGCAUGUUGUGAAAGUGAAAUGAGUUUCAAUAUGAAAACAAAGAGUUCCCAUGGGCUGCUAGUUUACUUUGACGACGAGGGAUUUUGUGACUUUUUAGAACUUCUCUUAGUGGGUGGUAAACUAAGCCUUCGUUUCUCAAUCUUCUGUGCCGAGCCUGCAACUGUCCUGUCUGACACAGCUGUCAACGACAGCCAAUGGCACGCAGUUACAAUAAGGAGAAACUUUAAGAACACAACCCUUAUGGUGGACAAUGAGAUAAAAUGGGUUGAAGUGAAGUCAAAAAGACGGGAUAUGACUGUUUUCAGCCAAAUGUUUGUUGGUGGAAUACCACCGGAAUUACGGUCUGAAGCGUUACGAUUGACAUCACCUGCAAUCAAGGAUCAGCUGACUUUCACUGGAUGGAUAACAGAUGUAAAGGUCAACAACACGGAGUCUGUAAUGAUCGACAGUGAAGGGGUCUUACAGGACCUCUGUGGUACAGCCAACAUAUGCUUAAAUGGAGGAGUCUGCAGUUUAAUUAACAAUGAACCAACAUGUGACUGUUCUCAGACGGGCUUCCAAGGGAAGGACUGCAGUGAAGAAGACAACUAUACCGAAGGUCCGGCACACCUGAUGAUGGGCGACCAAGGGCAGAGAGGGAAAACUUGGCAUCUAAGGUCCCUACUGAGCAUUCAAGGAAAAGAAGAGUAUGUUGCAACCUUCAAAGGAUCUGAGUUCUUCUGCUACGACUUGUCCUUGAACCCAAUUCAAAGCAGCAGUGAUGAAAUCACAUUGUCAUUCAAAACUCUUCAGAGGAAUGGACUGAUGCUGCACACGGGAAAAUCAGCUGAUUACGUCAACCUGGCACUGAAAAAUGGGGCUGUCUCACUCGUCAUUAAUUUGGGGUCUGGAGCCUUUGAAGCUCUGGUGGAGCCAGUCAAUGGGAAAUUUAAUGACAAUGAUUGGCAUGAUGUCAAAGUAACAAGGAAUCUACGUCAGCACUCAGGCAUUGGACACGCUAUGGUAAACAAACUACAUUGUUCGGUAACAAUAUCCGUGGAUGGGAUUCUGACCACCACAGGAUAUACACAAGAAGACUACACCAUGCUAGGCUCUGACGACUUUUUCUAUGUUGGAGGGAGCCCUAGCACAGCUGACCUGCCUGGAUCUCCAGUUAGCAACAACUUCAUGGGCUGCCUCAAGGAGGUUGUGUACAAAAACAACGAUGUGAGACUCGAGCUGUCCAGGCUGGCCAAGCUGGGUGAUCCCAAGAUGAAGAUCCAUGGUACUGUAGCCUUCAAGUGUGAGAAUGUAGCCACUUUGGACCCCAUCACAUUUGAGACGCCAGAGUCUUUUAUCAUCCUGAAUAAGUGGAACGCUAAGAAGACAGGCUCCAUCUCCUUUGACUUCCGCACCACAGAGCCCAAUGGCCUUCUCCUCUUUAGCCAUGGGAAGCCUAAGCAGCAGCCAAAGGAUUCCAAGAGUCCACAGACUUUGAAGGUGGAUUUCUUUGCCAUUGAGAUGCUGGAUGGCCACCUGUACCUGCUGCUUGACAUGGGCUCAGGAACUACUAAGACCAAGGCUGUCAAUAAGAAAGUCAAUGAUGGGGAGUGGUACCAUGUGGACUUCCAGCGAGAUGGCAGAUCAGGCACCAUCUCUAUCAACACCCUCCGCACUGCCUAUACAGCCCCUGGAGAAAGUGAAAUCCUGGACUUGGAUGACAAUCUUUACCUUGGGGGUCUGCCAGAGAACAAAAUGGGCCUGGUGUUCCCCACUGAGGUGUGGACAGCACUGCUCAACUAUGGCUACGUGGGCUGCAUCCGGGAUCUAUUCAUUGACGGACAGAGUAAGGAUGUCCGGCGACUGGCUGAGGUCCAGAAGGCUGCUGGGGUCAAACCGUCCUGCUCUAAGGAGCCUCCAAAACAGUGCUUAAGCAACCCAUGCCAGAACAAUGGUGUCUGUAGAGAGGGCUGGAACCGCUAUGUGUGUGACUGUUCUGGGACUGGAUACCUGGGCCGCUCCUGUGAAAGAGAGGCGACUGUCCUCAGCUACGACGGCAGUAAGUUUAUGAAGGUCCAGCUGCCGAUGGUGAUGCACACAGAAGCCGAAGAUGUGUCUCUGCGCUUCCGCUCCCAGAGAGCCUAUGGCAUCCUAAUAGCCACCACAUCCCGGGACUCUGGUGACACCCUGCGUCUAGAGCUGGAGAGCGGCCGCGUCCGCUUGACUGUCAAUUUAGAUUGUAUCAGGAUUAACUGUACAUCCAGCAAAGGUCCAGAGACUAUUUUUGCGGGUCAGAAUGUGAACGAUAAUGAGUGGCACACGGUACGUGUGUUCAGGAGGGGCAAGAGUUUGAAACUGACCGUAGAUGAUCUGCCGCCUGUGGAAGGUCAAAUGGCGGGUGACCACACCCAACUGGAGUUCCAUAACAUUGAGACGGGCAUUGUGACAGAGAAGCGCUUCAUGACCAUGGUGCCGUCCAACUUCAUUGGCCACCUCCAGAGUCUCUCCUUCAAUGGCAUGGCCUACAUAGACCUCUGUAAAAAUGGUGACAUUGAUUACUGUGAACUCAAUGCCAUGAUUGGCUUCAAGAACAUCAUUGCUGACCCUGUCACCUUCAAGUCCCGCUCCAGCUAUGUGACCCUCACUACUCUGCAGGCCUACUACUCCAUGCACCUUUUCUUUCAGUUUAAGACCACCUCCUCCGAUGGCCUCAUCCUGUAUAACAGUGGGGAUGGAAAUGACUUCAUUGUGAUAGAGCUGGUCAAAGGGUACCUGCAUUACGUAUCUGACCUGGGAAAUGGAGCCCACUUGAUCAAAGGCAACUCCAACAAGCCCCUGAAUGACAACCACUGGCACAACGUCAUCAUCUCCAGGGACACCAACAACCUCCACACUGUCAAGAUUGAUACCAAAAUUACCACGCAGACUACCACAGGAGCAAAAAACCUAGACCUGAAGGGUAACCUUUAUGUUGGCGGGGUGGCUAAGGAGAUGUACAAAGAGCUGCCCAAACUGGUGCAUGCCAAGGAGGGUUUUCAAGGUUGUCUGGCAUCGGUUGAUCUGAAUGGGCGGCUCCCGGAUUUGAUGUCAGAUGCUCUGGACUGUGUGGGGCAGAUAGAGAGAGGAUGUGAAGUUGCAUUGAUGAAAGCUGACUUGCAAGGCCCCAGCACUACAUGCCAAGAGGACUCUUGUGCCAACCAGGGAGUGUGUCUCCAGCAGUGGGAGGGCUUCAGCUGUGACUGCACCAUGACGACAUUUGGAGGACCUCUGUGUAAUGACGCGGGAACAACGUACAUAUUUGGACGAGAUGGUGGACUGAUCACAUACACGUGGCCGCCAAAUGACCGUCCCAGCACGAGGGCGGACCGGCUAGCCAUUGGUUUCAGCACACACCUGAAGGAUGCUGUCUUGGUGAGGGUGGAUAGCUCCUCUGGUCUCGGAGACUUCUUGAAGCUCCACAUCGAAAAAGGAAACAUUGCCGUUGUAUUUAAUGUCGGAACAGAUGACAUUAAUAUUGAGGAGACGUCAAAGUUUGUAAAUGACGGAAAGUACCAUAUAGUGAGGUUUACGAGGAGUGGGGGUAAUGCCACUCUGCAGGUGGAUGACCUGCCAAUCAUUGAGCGCUACCCCACAGGCAGCAAUGAUAACGAACGCCUGGCGAUUGCUAGACAGCGAAUCCCAUACCGACUUGGUCGAGUAGUUGACGAUUGGCUACUCGACAAAGGGCGGCAGCUCACAAUCUUCAACAGCCAAACUACUAUACAGAUUGGGGGCUGGGAGCGAGACCGGAGUCGAUCCUUUCAGGGCCAGCUUUCGGGCCUCUACUAUAAUGGCUUGAAGGUGUUCAACAUGGCUGCAGAGGGGGAUCCCAACAUUAGAAUCCAGGGCAGUGUGCGGCUUGUGGGAGAGUCGCCCUCCUCUAUUACACCACAGUCCAGUACCACAGCCAAUCGCUCAGAGACGUCCACUUCCAUCAUGGAGAUCACCACCACCACAGCAUCCAGCAGACGAGUCAAGCAGACUACACCACGAGAGCCUCAGCAGACAACCGACGACUUGCUAGUGGCAUCAGCCGAAUGUCCGAGCGAUGAUGAGGACAUUGAUCCCUGUGAGCCGAGCUCAGGUGGGUUAGCCAAUCCCACUGGUGCUGGAUCGAAUGGUUACCCUGGCACAUCAGAGGUCUUCCGGGAAUCCAGCAGCACUACAGGAAUGGUGGUUGGCAUUGUAGCAGCGGCGGCAUUGUGUAUUCUCAUCCUGCUUUACGCUAUGUACAAAUACCGGAACAGAGACGAGGGUUCGUACCACGUAGACGAGAGCCGCAACUACAUCAGCAACUCGGCACAGUCCAACGGCACCGUUGUCAAAGAGAAACCAGUCAACACCGCAAAGACCUCAAGCAAGAACAAGAAGAACAAGGACAAGGAGUACUAUGUGUGA